GAGGGCUCGACACGACUCCGAGUCGAGCAGCCCUCUACAAGCCUCAGACCAGGACAUGGAAGCUCCUCUCGGUGUCACGCUCAGUCAAAGCAUGGAUUCCGUCAACACGAACAACGGCGAGGAGGAGGUACGGACAUUAUUCGUAAGCGGACUACCUAUGGAUGCCAAGCCUCGGGAGUUGUAUUUAUUAUUCAGGGCUUAUGAGGGUUACGAGGGAUCAUUACUUAAAGUUACAAGCAAAAAUGGAAAAACCGCUUCGCCUGUGGGAUUUGUGACUUUCAACACCCGAGCAGGAGCGGAGGCCGCAAAGCAAGACUUGCAGCAGGGCGUAAGGUUUGACCCCGACAUGCCUCAGACGAUCCGACUGGAGUUUGCUAAAAGUAACACGAAGGUUAGCAAGCCCAAACAGCAAGCUGCUAACGCCGCCAACACGCACCCAACUUUGAUGCACCCCCUCACCGGACUGUAUUUUUCAGAUCUGGGAACCCCCUUCUUCCCGGGUGGUCCAGAAUUGUGGCAUCAUCCGUUGGCUUAUUCGGCAGCUGCAGAAUUGCCGGGGGCUGCUUUGCAACACGCAACACUCGUUCAUCCCGCACUGCACCCACAGGUCCCCCCUCCAAUGUCUUUGCCGCAUCCAACUGCUCUAACUUCAGUACAUGCAGCAUCUUUGCCACAUUUUCUACCAAGUCCUGCCUUGGCUUCUCCCGUGGGGUCAUCGUCCUCGCAACCUGGUUUGGGAGUAAGCAAUCCGCCUUGCUCUACACUUUUCGUCGCAAAUUUGGGCCAGUUUGUGUCCGAACACGAAUUAAAGGAAAUCUUUGCCAGCUUCCCUGGCUUCUGUCGCCUGCGCAUGCACAACAAGGGUGGAUCCCCGGUGGCCUUCAUGGAAUACCAGGAUGUGCGUUGCGCCGCACAGGUCAUGGCAGCACUGCAAGGUUCCUUCCUACUGUCCUCCGAUCGCGGCCCCAUACGUAUCGAAUACGCCAAAAGCAAAAUGGCUGCAGAGGGAACAAAAGGAGAAGAAAAUGGACAAUCUUAAUUCGUACAUGCCGCUGAGUACUUGACAGAGAGCGAUGGUCGUGGCUGGACACUGCUAGAGUGGUGUUGGGCGAAGUAAAAUCGCUGUUCAAAGCAAAGCUUACCUAUCUCUGUUAACUGUUGUAGUUGUACUGUUAGAAUUGCAGGACAGUAUUUACGUGAUAAGUACAGGUAAACUGCAUCAAGAUUGUUUAAUAACUUCAUUUCAUUGAGAAUGAUAAAAAUAUGAAGAUAAGCUAAACCAAAGGUGCCCUAAAAGUUAAGUUUUAGAUUUAUUAUUAAAUUAUUAGAGUGCGUCGUGAGUGCCUCACGUCCACUGACAGUAUUGUUUUGUCGAGCUUUCUUUAGAUAAUUAGUGGUAUUAAUAAUACUAGAGUCUUAUGGUGAAAAUUUAUUUAAUAUAUUUUUUCCGUUUUAUUAUAGCAAUAAACCAAUGACGAAAUACAUGCACUUGACAUGUUUGGUGUGUAACGCUAACAAAAACAUUUUUAAAUAAGUAACUUAAGAAACAUAUCAUAAAAUGGCUUUGCUACACCAGCAUGAAAGUGAGUACUUUAGAAAAUUUUGUCCUAUUUAAUUCAAUACAAUUUGCCCAAUUUUUAACGGUAUUUAUCAGAAGAGUCGCAAAGGGCGACUUUGUUGUUUUUCAGAAUAUUUCUUUAACAACUUUAUAUUAUAGAAGAGCUUUUGCUUAAAUUAUAGAAAUAAUAGAGUAUGAUGCAUUUGUUAUCUUGCAAUCAAAGAAUGCAUGCAGUUAUACAGGAAUAGCAAAUUUUAUAGUUUAAUGUUUUAAUUUAAGUAUUGGUUUUUAUUGUACCUUAAAAAAUAACAGGAUGUACCUAUAUUACCGUCUCGAGCACAAUUCAAGUUAUUAGAGCCGAAAUUUAGCACAAUCAUUGUGACUCAGUCAAUUAUUAAAAAAUUCUAAUUAACUACAAGUGACUGUGAACAGACUUAAUAAAAAUGCUAAUAUGGGUACAUGAUUGUUGGUUAUAACCAAAGUUUAGUUUAGAUGGCCCUUUAUUUAUUUAAGACAAGUAGGUUAUAAAGAUAUUGUUUUACUAGUGUUGUAAUUAUUUUUAUAUAAUUUUAUAGUUUUGUACAACCUUACUAAUCACUGAGAUAACAGUCGAAAAUGUAUAAUGUUGAAAACAUUGGUAAUUCUCUAUUAUCUAGAUUAUAUUCAUAUAGUGUCGUAGUGCUUUUUGUGUGACGUUUAUGUGAUAUAUCUAUUACUAUCAAUAUAAGUGUAUUUAAACAUUUAGAGCGUCCAAGAUGCGCAUCAUCAUUGGUGCAAGAAGAAAAGUGAGUCAAUUAUAAGACGCGUGUCUGGAUGAUGCGCCAUCUUGGACGCGAGAUGCAGAUAAAAGCGGUCCGUCCUCGAUUUUUGGAUUCGAAUUUUUGAUUCGGAUUCGAAGGUGUUGGACGGCCGUUCUGCGUAUUGUUUCCGUCCAAUGCAUGUCGAAAGACAUGUCGCAGCUCAAUGAGCGUCGGUAGGGUGGGUGCGGAUCAGGGUGAUCAGGCUGGGCAGCCAGCUAUCUUUGGGACUAUAGAAAACAUAUCAGCUUAAUUAAUUGAUAAAUUAUAAUACCUGUUAUAUGCAAUCCGACCUUUAAAUGUCGUCUUGUAACUGUGUUUUUUAACUGCAGAGUUCUGUGUUUUAAAUUAUAUGUUCUUGAAAUUGUGGAGUUUAGUCAGUUCAACGCAAUCGCCGUCUAUUUUAAUUUUAAAUGGACGGCGAAAGACGGAACCGAAUUUUGUGAUAAAACUUAUCAACGGUAAUAUAAACUAGCCACAAUCGCCUUCUCUGCUUUAGGUCAUAGGUUAAUAAACACCACUUCUUAAACAUAUCAUGAUCUGUGCCCCUUGUCAAGUGACAUCUUAAAUUUUUAGCAAUUAAUAAUGUAAUAAAAAGAUUUGAUAAUAUUUAACAAAUGAAUUUACAAAGUAAUAUUAUAUAAGGAAAAAAAACUGAUUCUUUUAACAGCUGAUCUACACUACAUUUAAGGGUGACAACCAUCGGUGUAGUUUUUAAGUCUGUAAAAGCAGCUGCAGCUGUGUAGCAUGUACUUUGUACCCAGCAAGCAAUCGGUGGGGGCGCAACUGUCCCCGUACCUAGCCUUAGUAGUCCUGUCAAUCGACCGGGGAAUGCAUAUCUUUAUUGUAAUAUUGAAUCAAGUAGGCGUCGUAAACUUAGUUUAAUGUAAACAUGUGUUGAAAUUGUUGGUCUAGAAAUAUAAGUACAACCGAGCAACAUAAUGGGUACUGACCAAUAACUCGGUCAGUUGUUGUUGAUACUAGUCAGAUAUUUGUAUAACCCACCCCACCAUCUUGCCCCUCUUUUUCAGAUAAAAGCAUUCCAUACAAAGAUUGUAUUACCUGACAACGUACUUAGCUAUAAAUUGUAUAGGGUCCAAAAGAUGGGAAAUAAAUAUGUAUUAUAAAAUUAA